UGUUGGCCGCUCUCAGCUUCCUCUCUGGUACUACAUCGCACUACAUUACUUGAGCACGAUAAGUAGUCAGGCUUAUUUCCUUGCUAAAAAGCACUUCUCGAUUGAUUUUGCAAGCAUUCUCGGUUGGUUUUUAUAAAAGUUUAUUCAAGCAUCGAUGUAAAUUAUGUAAGUAAAUAUACUCCAUUUAGCUACGCGUUCCAAUGUCGAUAUAUCAACAAGCAUUGAUGCCCAUGUAUAUCCACGAAUAUCACGCCGAAUGUGAUAUGUAAAUUUGUGAAUUUAAGAAGAAGUAUUGACAAUUUCAUUAUAAAUCGCAAAAAUGAUGAUGCGAGUAUCCUCAAUUAUUUGCCGACAAACGAUAUUAAGAGCAAACGUAAUAUCGCAGGAAAUGUCUACAUGUAGAUAUAUUCAUUUAGUCAGACAAAUAAAAGGAUUUCCCAAACGCAAUUCUAUACUAAAUCUCUCCAGUAACUAUAGAGUUACAGGAAUUCCUUUGGUUCGUUAUGCUAGCACUAAUGAAACGCCACAAGAACAAAUUUCACCAUCAUCACAGACUAAUCCAUAUGAUGAAAUACCAGAUCCUCCAACACUAAUUCAGGAAAUAGUAGAGAAUAUUAUAAAAGUACAUCCUAAUGGAGAACCAACGCUUGAAAGUAUUGGAUUAGGUGGUUACUCUCCUGUUGGACUUGUACAACAUGCCUUAGAAUUUAUGCAUAUAAGCUAUGAUAUUCCAUGGUGGACAACAAUUGUUAUAGGUACUGUUAUUUUAAGGACCCUUAUAUUCCCUUUGGUAGUAAUAACACAAAAAAAUAUGGCUAAAUUCACUAAUCAUAUGCCAGUGAUACAAGAAAUACAACAAAAAAUGACAAAAGCUAGGCAUAUCGGUGAUCACUUCGAAAGUGCACGAUAUGCAUCAGAACUAAUGGAAUACAUGAAGAAGCAUAAUGUUAAAAUUGGAAGGAAUUUCUUGAUACCACUUGUUCAGGCACCUAUUUUUAUCUCCUGUUUCUUAGCCCUAAGGAAAAUGGCAAACUUGCCAGUCGAGAGCUUGAAACAAGGUGGUUUUUGGUGGAUGCAGGAUCUUACCAUACAUGAUCCUUAUUACAUAAUGCCAAUAGUUACAUGUGUGACAAUGUAUAUCACAAUUGAAAUUGGUGCAGAUGGCACUCAUCUUAAAUCACUGGGUGUUAUGCGAUAUGUAUUUCGAAUCGUACCCUUUGCCAUAUUACCAUUUAUAUUAAACUUUCCUGGUGCAAUUUUGACGUAUUGGGCGUCGACAAAUUUUAUGUCCCUGAUACAAACUAGUUUAUUAAAGAUACCAUAUUUAAGAAAGGUUUUCAAUAUACCUGUUAUAAUACAUCAUGCGUCAAAACCUGGGAAUAAAAAAUUUACGCAAGAAUUAAAAGAAUCUUGGACGAAUAUGAAAAUAUCGAAGCAGCUAGCUGAUAGAGAAAGAGCAGAUAUAGUACAGUUCAAUGCUGCUGGAAAGGGCCCUAUUGUGAAAACAUUUAAAUAUGACCCGACAAAACAGAAAUAAUCGACUGUUUUUACAAAAAGUAGACAUUAAUUUCAUUAAAAAUAAAGGUGUCGUAUUUAAGUAAAUACUUGAUUAUUUAAUGUGUGACACUGUAUAUUAAUUCAUAAUUGUAAUAA